AUGGGAGAAGAUAGUGCCGCAAAGAGGACUUAUUUGAGACAACCGAAAGGAUGCCGACCGGUCGGACGCCACAGUGGCUGGAAGGAGCAGGCUCAGGACCGGGAGGAGUGCCAGAAUCUGGUGUCGGAGGCCAAGACCCAUUUAGGGUCACUGCGCCACCGAAAGUCGGAAUACGCGCGCAUGCCACCCCUGUUUCAGUACGACAACUACGAGUCAUGCUUGAGGCGUCCGGGAGGCCUCUACUGCACCACCAAAUUUGACUUGGUCGCUGAUGAACCUAACGAAUUGUAUGACCUUAUACAGGAAUAUUCUUCGUACUGGAAAAUCAAUUUCAAUCACUCGCGACUACAAUACGGAAUAUGCGUCACGGAUACCUGCAAAGACUUUUACAAUAACAAUACAACGUCAGACGUAAAACUGGCCCUUGAGGGAUACCUCAACAAAACUUUCUACGACAAAUAUAGACUCCGUACUAGAGUCAAAGAUUCAACUGUAUGUACUAGUACUGAUGAGCCCAAGAAUAUAGACAGCGGAGACAUUUUUGUAGCUGUUAUAUGUUUGUUAAUAUUGUUGCUUAACAUUGCCGGAACCCUUUACGACGUCUAUUGGAAGACAAACAAGAGCCAGGAAGGCAACAAAUUUCUGGAAUGCUUUUCACUCCAGCGCAACUGGCAAUGUUUUUUAAGUUCCACUGGAGCAGAGGGACGGCUCAAGGCACUAGACGGUGUUCGGUGCGUGAUCAUGUUGCUGGUGCUACUAUCUCACUCUGCAAUGCCUGUGUAUUUUAACUCUGAUAAUCCACAUUUCUUAGAAAAUCUGUACCAGAACGAGUUAAUUCAAAUUGUAUCAAAUGGGUCGCUCGUGAUGCAGGUCUUCUUUAUUAGCUCUGGAUUCUUACUAGUCUACAACAUGGAGCAUUUGACGGAUCAGCUCAAAAUUUGGUGGAUUAUGCUUCCAAAGGGAAUUCUAUUAAGAUGGCUGCGACUCAUGCCACCCUACGCCUUCGUUUUAGCCAUCACCGCUACAUGGAUGCGAUUUGCGGGAUCGGGUCCGCUUUGGCAGGAUGUCGUUACUUCCGAGGCGAAUGAUUGCAAGCGAGACUGGUGGUACUUUUUACUUAACGUCAACAAUUACGUCGACUCUACUUCUUGUAUGAUAGAAUUUUGGUACGUUGCAGCAGACUUCCAGCUGACGAUAGUAGGGCUGAUGACAUAUCUGAUGGUCCCUAAGAGUGGCCGCAUUAUAGCUUUCUCGAUACUCUUCAUUAUAGGCCUCUUCACCCCUGCUGUCACUACGUACAUGCUGAACCUGGACCCUGUGCUUGUUCCAUCUCCUGAGGCUUUGCGCAGCAUUUUCAAAAACGACAGUGUCAUGAACCACGUGUAUAAGCGUGCACAUACCAACAUAGCAUGCUAUGCUAUGGGCCUUAUAUCUGGCCUGAUGGUCUACCGCUGGCAGAAAACCGGCUUGGACUUCCAUAAGUUUAUUAAAAACCGUUACUUGUACUAUGCGCUAUUUCCUACAAUGCUCGCCAUCUCUCUGUCCGGCUCCGCAUUCUACUGGAACGAUUACUCUCGUCUCGUGCGGGCCAUCUACGGGACGCUAGUCAAGCCCAUCUUUGGUGCCGCCAUAUGUGCCAUGAUAAUUGCCAUGUUCUUCAAGUAUGAGGGCUUCUACCGCGGUAUAUUGGAAUGGAGCGGGUGGAGCGUGCUGUGGCGGCUAGCAUAUUGCGCGUACUGCCUUCACUUCACCGUCAUCCGCGGUAUCGCCGGAUCAUCUACUAGGCUCACAGGCACCUCUAUAAUGGAACUGGCCCAAGUACUAGCAACACCGGUAGUACUCAGCAUUCUGUUGGCAGUACCUCUGUGGUUGUUCGUGGAAGCGCCGUUCGGGCAGCUCGUUAGACUUACGAUUAGGUACGGAGGAUACGAAGGAGCUGGAAGCAAUAGCAAAGAAAUAUAUGAGAGUGAAAAAUACUACCUUAAAAAUGAAGAUGAAAAAACAAAGACUGUUGUUAAAUCAUGAAUAUACGAUUAAUUUAUUGCAAUGCCAUGUUUUGAUUCGUCAUCAAUAACUGCACCCGUAGCAUGGCUACGCAUGAUAGUCGCGACGCGCGCGACUAUCUAAAUUAGAUCUAAUAGAGACAGCCAAUAGCGCGCGCUUAUUUCAAUUUUAUCGCACGCGCGCCCCGUGCUACGGGGGCAGGUCUCUGCUAUAUA